AUGAGUGCAACCACCAAGGUCGAACAGCUCCUCGCUCAGUACCUCUCCCGAUACGAGGCCGAGAACCCCCAAUCGCAAAAGACCAUCCAGGAUGCAUCACAGUAUCUUCCUGGUGGAACAACCAGAGCGACCCUACACCAGGACCCCUUUCCUUUGGUUAUUGCAAGCGGCCAAGGCGCCGAAUUGACUUCGGUUGACGGCCGCAAGUAUCUCGACUUCGUCUCCGAGUACUUUGCAGGGAUCUACGGUCAUUCAAACCCCAAAAUCCUCGAGGCAAUCCAAGAGACAGCCAAAAGCGGGUUGAGCUAUGGCUCUCCCCAUUCAGCCGAGGCCGAGCUGGCCAAGUUGCUCGUGGAUAGAUUCCCCAGCGUCGACCGCAUCAGAUUCUGCAACUCAGCGUCUGAAGCCAACAUAUUCGCUGUGGCAGCCGUGCUCAACUUCACCCGCCGAUCCAACGUCCUCGUCUUUGAGCACGGCUACCAUGGUGGAGGCAUGUCGUUCGCGUCUGUCGGGGACAAGAGCCCACUCAACGUCCCGCAUGAUUACGUGUUCGGAGUCUUCAACAACAUUGAGAAGACGAAGGCAGUCCUCGAGGGUCCCGAUAGCAGCAAAAUCGGCGUGGUGAUUGUCGAGCUGAUGCAGGGCGCCGGAGGAGCGAACCUUGGCGACAAGGCAUUCUUCGAGUACCUGCGUGAGGCUACCAUAAACAUUGGCGCCAUACUCAUCUUCGACGAAACUAUUACCUCGAGGUUCGUGUACGGAGGCCUUCAAACCCACUUCGGCGUUACUCCGGAUAUGACCACGAUGGGCAAGCACUUUGGGGGUGGCUUCAGCUUCGGAGCUUUUGGUGGUCGGGAAGACAUCAUGGCUCAGUUUGACCCUCAUUCACCGAGCCACUUACACCACUCGGGAACCUUUAACAAUAAUGUUUUUAGUAUGAAGGUGGGUGUCGUCGGCACAAAGUUAUUGACGGACGAGAACCUCAAGAAGUUGAAUGCUCUCGGUGACAAGCUUCGCGGGCGUCUCAAUGGCAUACUGGCUGCUAAGGACCCCUCCAGGAAGCUGGCUAUCAUUGCAGGCUUUGGAAGUAUCCUAGGUGUGGGGUGGAUUUCGCCCUCGGGACCCAUUCAUCGCGAUCUGUUUUACCACUUCCUACUGUCAAAGGGUAUUUACAUUGGACACAGAGGGUUCCUGGCCUUGAAUUUUGCGCAUGAUCAGGACCACAUUGACAGAGUAGCUGAUGCCUUCGAGGAGUUUUUGGGUCUAGUGUCAGAAUGA